AUGGAAUCCGUCAACGACUACGAUUACCUUGUUGAGGACUUUCUCGACUUGUCCUCCAUCCUGAACGCGGUUAACUGUGAAGAUAACUGUAGUGAGCAGAGCGGGUCUAUCUGCUCCCCGUACACCAGCCCGACCCCCAGUCACUCCUCCAGCUGCAGAUCCAGCACAGAAACAUGUCCCUGGACAUCUCUCCAAGACGAGUUCCGUCAGUUGCUCUUCAAAGACAUCAGUAGUCCACUCAACGCCCUAGACCACAUCCGCAUCACAGAGCGAAAUGAUUUCUUCACAAAUGGCAUCGACAGGGAACUGGACGAGUUUGAUCUUUAUCAGGUCAGAUUGCGAUCUUCUCCCCAGCUCUACUCCAGAUCUGUUAUCUCAGAUACACGAGUUCAGCCCAGCAAAGAUGUCCCAAUGAGAAACACGGUGUGUGUGUUCUGUAAGAACAACGGAGAAACUUUAUCUGUAUAUGGUUCUCAUCUUCUGAAGGACUCGAGGGGACGAGUGACGUGCCCUGUUUUGCGAAGGUACACCUGUCCUAUAUGUGGUACGUCUGGAGAUACAGCCCAUACCGUGAGAUACUGUCCCCUGAACACCAAGUGCUUUAGAUAA